AUGGCGAGAAUGGAACAUCAAGCAUUGCUCGCGGCCAAGCGACAGGUCAUUCUCGAACAAGUUGAAGGCGUGGGCUACUGGAGCAGCAUACAGACGAACCAGUGUCUACCGAAGCCUUACGGCGACCUAGUCCAGGGCAUUAUAGCCGCCCAGACGCUGGCCCUACUGGACAACACCCAUUUCGCGCUCUUGAUAUACAACAGUGCGAGCCAGAGGUCGCGACGAGAUGGCCGCUCCGCCAACGGCACCCUCACCUUCCGACGCUCCUCUACGACCCCCAUCGCCGGCCAAGCGUCGAAUCCCCCGCCACCCAGCGAGAACGCGGUUCAGCAUCCCAGCAUCGACGAGUCGGCCGCCGCGCAACCAGUAAUCUACGAGGCCGGCUCUGCCCGCUACUCCAAAGACGAGCUGCUCGACAUAUUCCGCACGCAAAAACUUGGUGACGGCCCGUCCCGUUUGUUUAUUCCAGGAUGGGACCCCUCCAGUAUCAAUGGAAGCAGCGGAAGGGCCUGGGGCAAGAGCAGCGACAACCACGUCCCGCAAGAGCCCAACCUCUGCUGGGAGCAAACGGGCGAGACCCUGCCGAUGGGCGUGCAGGACUUGACUGUGGAGGAGAAGGAUGCAUUCUUAACAGAUAUCAAUUCGCCGCUCAAACCCCCAACCCAGAACAAAGAUGGGCACCAGGGCAAUGUCAAUGGACGCAAGGCUUCGGUUUCGCAUGGGGCGGGAAACUCCUACGGAGUCAAUUCGCCUUCCUCCGUCACGCGACCGGGCACCAGACGACGUGAGACCUUGGAGUCGAAUCCGUUCAGCGCCGGCGGCCUCGCUUCCCCCACUGCUGGUCGCUUCUCCCGUGAGGACUCGUCAAGCUGGCUUCCGCGCAAGCCGACUGAGCUGAAAGAGUCCGAGCCUGAUGACGGCGAGAGCGAGCACGGUGCUCGCGAAGGCCAAGGAAAACUGCCAUUCGGUACCCUGAUGCGUUCCAACACGUCGGGCAGCGUCGGCGUGAGCGCCAUUUGGCCCACCUCGAGCCAGGCUGCCCCCAGCGGCGGCGCCUUCGGAAACUUUGCCCUCCCUACGUCUGGUGUCGGCGAGAAGCGAGCAGGAGGAGCUGCAGGUGGUAGCCGCCUGGCCCAUCUGAUUCCCAAGGAUAACCAAGACAGCGCAGCGCCCAAGUCGGGUGAGGCUGCCUCGUCUCAGCAGUCUUGGCGCUCUCGCCCUCGAACCGACACCGACCCCUUUGGCGACGACGAACUGUCUGGAAGUGCGGUGCUUGGCGGCGCUCAAGACACCGCCUCGAGCAGCCAUGCCUCCGCUGGGCGUGUGGGCAUCCUCGGUACGCCCGUCAAGGGUUCUACCGGUGAUUUCGGCAUGUCUGGCCUGAACCUGGGAGCAGGACAGUCUGGCGACGACGGUCCCGUCAGUCCUUCGGAGACGAACCCUUAUCGCAGCCCACCCGCCGAGCGUCAUGGUCAUGAUGACAAUGACCAGAGCGGCUCCGGCAGAGGUCUUGGGCAGGACACAAAUGAGGCUCACGGCAACUUUGGCUCCAUCGGGCGAGGGUUCGGUGCGGCUGCGUUUGAUGGCGGCGAUCGCAGUCAGACGUCAAGUGCUGGACCGAAGAAUUACCCGCUCGGUAGCUUGUCGGGUUGGCCCGCACCCGUGGGGCCAUCUUCCGGCACCCCUGAUCGAGAGAGGCCAAACUUCAGCAACGCCUUCGGCAGCUCCCUGUUCAGCCCUAUGGGCGAACUCCAAUCCCCCGGCUUGUCCAACUUUGGCAGUGUAUUUGGCCCGCCCGGUGCCGGUGGGAUUGGCGCCGGCAGCAUCGGCCGCGGCAGCAAGAUGGGAUCCCUGUUCCCGCCUGCCAUGCAGGCUCAGAUGCAGGCGCAGCUUGAGCAGGACCAAAGCAUCUCGGACUCGGACCCGCGCCAAACCCACCCACUCGGUGCCAUUGGCAGAGCGCCUCCACGAGACACCGAAAGCCCCAUGCGGUCCAACCGUGGAGUUUUCGAGGAGCUUUUCCCGUCCACCGAUGCGUCGCGGGCUCAUGGGCCUUUCAGCUCCGCCGAGCCACCACAGUCGGCCGGAGCCGCGGCCGGUCCCCAGUCUUUCACCCCAGUCAGCGGCGGCCUGCCUUUUGGGGGCAUUGGCCAAGCCGGAAACGAACCACCGGCCGCCCAGGUGCGACAGAUGGUGAUGCCUGAUAGGAUGAGGUGGGUCUAUCUCGACCCUCAGGGACAGGUCCAGGGACCGUUCACCGGUCUGGAAAUGAACGACUGGUAUAAGGCGAACUUCUUCACUCCUGACCUGCGUGUCAAGAAGGUGGAGGACCCUGAGUUUGAACCGCUGGGGCAGCUGAUUCGGCGGAUCGGCAACUCUCGCGAACCCUUCCUCGUGCCACAGAUUGGGAUCCCCCACGGCCCUGCGUCACAGACUGGACCUUUUGCCGCUACCACCACGCCUGGCGGUGUGGUGCCACCUCUCAGUGGCGUCUUUCCCAGUUUCGGCAGAACAUUGACCGCUGAAGAGCAAAACAACCUCGAGCGACGCAAGCAAGAGGAGCAAUACAUCAUGGCCCAGCAGAGGGAGUUCAUCAUGCGCCAGCAGGCCAUGACUAAGUUUCAGAUGCCAGGGCCCGGCCUGCAGCACCAUUCCAGCGCUCAGAGUCUUCAGAGCCAGCCCAGCUUCGGUAGCAUCUCCUCUCCGAUUGGAGCUCCUCCCCAGCAGCAGUCACAGCAGCAGCAGCAGCCUGCCCCAAUCGGCUCUAUGCCCCCUGGUGGCUACAUGGACCAACCUGCGGGGGGCCAACACGCUGCCAGACCUGGGCCGGGAAACGGAGAGUCUUAUCGGGUGGAGGACCUGUCUAACCUCACCGACGUCGAACGCCAGGUGAUUGCUUCUAUGCAAGGUGCUGCUGGCGGUGAUAUGGGUCAACAGCAACAGCAGCAACGGGGUAUGCAACCCGAUGGUGCGGACUUCAGAUCUGGCCUUCCCGAGGCUGACCAACUCUCGGAGGAUCCCGAGGGGUUUAGGGAGCGCUUGAAGGAGUUUGAGGAUCUGCGUGCCCAGCACGAAGCCGAACAAGCCGCGAACGCCAAGAUGAGCAAGGGGCACAUCGACAGCGCCGAGCCCUCCACGACCGCCGCCUCUCACGGGACCGCGCCUGGACAGUCUGGAAAGGCCGGCAAAUCCGGCAAGAAGAAGCACGUUGAAGACGCCACGCUGUCGUUGACGCAGCAGGUCCAGCAGGCUCAGGCUGCCGCUGCCGCUGGCGUGCCUUCCGACCCGGAUAUGCCGAUGCCGUUCCCUGUGCCUUCGUCUACCACUCCGCUCCCGGCGCCCACUGCUCAGCGUGCGCGCUCCAACCUGCCUGAGCAGUACAGCCGGUCGCAGAGUGGCACGCCCGAUGUCACUCAGCCACCUCCGCUGGCACCCUGGGCCAGGGAGCCAGGCCAAGAAGGACAGAAGGGGCCUAGCCUCAAGGAGAUCCAGGAGGCCGAGGCUCGCAAGGCCGCGAAGGCAGAGGAGGCCGCUGCAGCUCUCAGGAAGGCCGCGAUGGAGCAGGAGGCCGCUCUCGUACGCGAAAAGGAACGUCAGGCUCAUGCCGCCGCUGCUGCCGGUUUGCCGGCCACCAGCACUUGGGGCCACGGCUCCCCUGUCUCGGCGACCAGCCCUUGGGUCAAGCCUGGAGCGGUGAAGGGCCCUGCUACCAACACUGCCACUGUUCCUUCGUCCUCCAGCAAGAAGACGUUGGCCGAGAUUCAACGCGAAGAGGAGGUUCGCAAGCAGAAGGCACGGGACGUCGCUGUCCAGUCGGGCUCGCCCGCCAUCACCUCGAAGAGCUAUGCGAACCUCGCCGGCAAGCCGAACCAGAGUCCCGUUCCCAGUGCCCCCUCGCCUGCGCCCCCUGCAGCCGGAUGGGCAACCGUUGGUGCCGGCGGUAAAGUGAAGGUUCCUACGGGACCGGCCUCUCAGGGGCGGUCUGCCAGUGUCAGCAGUGCCAAGGCGCCUGCUCCUGUGAGCAAGCCUGUUUCGAAGCCUGCUCCUGGUGGACCAACCAACGGCAGGACCGACCCCGCCAGCGCAGCCAUGGAGGAGUUUAGCAAGUGGACUCGUCGGGAGCUGUCCCGCGGCCUCACCGACGUGACUGAUAUCUCGGACUUCCAGGCCGAUCUUGACGCGCUUCCGCUUGACACGGGCGUCAUUGCCGACGCCGUCUACAUCAACUCCAAGACCAUGGAUGGCCGCCACUUUGCCGAAGAGUACGUCCGCCGCAAGAAGCUCGCGCAGAAGGGAGUCGUGGAGAAGCAGCCUCCCACGGACAGCAGCAAGUCUCCUAGCUCUGCCGGCGGCUGGUCUGAGGUUGCCAAGCGGAGCAACAGCACCCAGCCCAAGGAGAGCGAAAACGGCAGCAUUCAGGGCGCCGGAUUCAAAGUCGUGCCCAGCCGUAAGAAGGGCAAGAAAUAG